AUGGCGAUCACCGGUGAGAACAGCUGCGGUGAUGAUGACGACGAUGCACUUUACGCCGCCACCGAGAUGCUGGAGGCCAGAACGGGACUAGAUUUUCUAGUUUCCGUGCUCUCCCAUGAAAAAGAGAAGCCAGGUCCCGUCGCCUCAGUAGCAAACACUGGUGAAGCGUCUGGCCUCUGCCGCGGAGACGAUCGUCCCCAGCCCGCGCAUACUGCUAAGCCGGCCGUGCCGUCAGCAGCCGGACCGAGCGUGACGGUGGCAAGUGUGGCAAGAGUGGGCUGGGCACGGUGCAACCGAUCUUCAGACCCAAGCCUUCAAGCGGCAUGCCGCGACGAACAAGCACCAGUUGGCCAUCAAUCACCUGAAGCAGAUGCUAGCUCAGGCUGGGAUGCGCGGCUGUCGGACCUCAUGUGCAUGGCAUUGCUGCCGUACGAGCCCGACUGGGCGGAGGUGGUGAAGAUCUGGAGGGCGUACAAGAAGCGCAAGCCCAUCACAACAGUGGCAGCACCAAAGAAGCAACCUAGUGCUAAGGGGAAAGAGAAGGUGGACGAGGAUGCUGCUGGUGGUGCUGGCUCUGGGUGGGGGACAGAGACCCCCGUGCACAGGCACGGUUCUAUGAGCGAUGGUGGUGGUAGUGACGAAGAUGAAGACAUGUGUGUGAUGUGA